CUUUGUUGGGUUAAUAAUUUAUCACACAUUUUUUUCAUUUCCGAUUUAAAUUCGUCGGUCCAAUAAAGUUAAGUUUGCAAAACUUUAUUAUAUAUACAUUCGUUUAAUAGUCCCCCUAGCACCACUGUGGUUGUUAUUACAGACAUGUGUACGUUGGAGAAGCGAGGAAACGUCUUCAUACUGACGCUUACCGGCCAUGGCGACGAACACCGCCUCAGCCGAGCCUUGAUCGACGAAAUCCACUCGGCCGUCCACAACAUCCGGUCCGACCCUUCGGCUACACGAUCUGUCCUAAUCACAACAGCCGAAGGCAAAUUCUUCUGCAACGGCCUCGAUAUCGUGGCCGCCCGAACCGAUCCAUCUCUUUUAGAAGUCAUGGAAGCCAAGUUCCGUUCCCUCGUUGCUGACCUUAUCUCCCUCCCUAUGCCCACGAUCGCUGCGGUCACCGGCCACGCCUCGGGUGCGGGACUCGGCCUGGCCUUCAGCCACGACUACGUCCUGAUGCGUCGCGACAGGGGAUUCCUCUACGUGCCCGAGCUCGACGUGGGCCUCGUAGUUCCGGCGUGGUACAUGCCCUUGAUCCAUCUGAAGAUCAGUUCGUCGGCGGCAAGGAGGGACGUGGUGUUAGCGUCGGCAAAGGUGAAAGCGGAGGAGGCGGUGAAGAUGGGGAUUGUGGACUCGGCUCAUGAUGGCGCGGCCGAGACGGUCCAGGCCGCGGUUAGGUUAGGGGAGGAGCUGGUCAAGCGAGCGUGGGAUGGAAACGUGUACGGUCGCAUGAGGGAGACUCUUCUUAGAGCGUUGAAACACCACCGGAUGUUGGGCGUAGGAAUUGUUCAAAGUUGUAAUAUUACUCCGAGUAUAAUAACUAAACAAAUUAUAUAA